AUGUUUUCUUUAACUGUUUGGUUCAGCAUUUUGUCAAUUGCAGGCGUUGUUUCAGGCGCUCAUCCUCCUCGUGCUACCCCAGCUCUAUAUCAUAAUCCUCAGUCAAGCACGGAAUCUCAUGGUGCGAGUUGGAUAAACUACACUGCCGUGCCAGGAUUCUUCUUACAAGAUGAAGCGACAACAGAUCCAUCGACUUUCGAUUAUACUCAAUGGAACUUUGGUCUCAUCAACCGAACUUAUCCCACCGACUCUCACGUCUCAAAAAAUGCAACCCAAUGGCGAAAAUUUGAGAACUAUGUUACUUCUUUAAACAAGAACUCACCGAAACAUUUGAACUAUAAGGUUUUGUUCAUGGGUAGACAUGGCGAAGGCUUUCAUAAUGCUGCUGAGACCUAUUAUGGAACUCCUGCUUGUUAUUAUUCCUUAAUAGAUGGUAAUUCAACCGUCACCGCCCAAAAAGCCGCCGACUACUGGCUUUCGCGCAUCCAGCUCCAAAACAUCCCACUACCACAGUCCUACUACACCUCCCCACUAUAUCGCUGCCUUGAAACUGCAAACGUAACUUUUUCCACUCUCCCUCUUCCUAAAUCUCGCCCUUUCAAACCUUUAAUCAAAGAGCUUUUCCGAGAAGGUAUCUCCGGCCAUACUUGUGAUCGAAGAAGUAACCGAACAUUCAUCCAUGAAUCGUUUCCCUCGUAUAAAAUCGAGAAAGGAUUUUCGGAAGAUGAUCUGCUUUGGAAGGAACUUGAGGGUGAAGUUGCCAUUGAUCAGGAUAUUAGGAGUAAGAAGGUUUUGGAUGAGGUUUUUGGGAGUGAUGAUAAUACUUGGUUGAGUAUAACAAGUCAUUCAGGGGAAAUUUCUAGUAUUUUGAGAGUCCUGAAUCACCAAGUCUUCAGAUUAACAACCGGAUCCAUCAUACCCGUUCUCGUUAAAGCAGAGACGAUCCCAGGAGACGCAACAUCGACGUCUUAUCUACCAUGGACAACUAUAUCAACAUGUACUAGUCCUCCAGCCAACACGGCUACCUCAUAA